ACGCCGCUCGGGCUGCACGGGCCGCGGAUCGGCGCUCGACUCUCCGCUUCGGCACCGGCUCGGCCGGGGCAGGUGCUGGCAGCAAUGCAACCAAAGCAAAUUAUCAGCGUGAUUGAAAAUGGAGAAAGCAAAGAGCUGCAUUUGCAUGAGGAGAACCUACGGGCCCUUCUGUCUGAGAGUGAUCAGAACUCUCCCGUUGUGGUGUUGUCGGUAACUGGCGCCUAUCGGACGGGCAAAUCGUUCUUACUAAACUCCAUGGUUCGUUACCUGACGGCACCCGACAAAACCCGUUGGCUCGACUACAAAGCUGAGAGCUUCGAAUGGAAGAGCGGCAGCGAGCCGCACACAAACGGCAUGGUCAUGUCGCAGCCCACGCCAAUAACUCUGCCCUCUGGGGAAGAGGCGCUUCUGAUCCUCAUGGACACUCAAGGGCUGUACGAUACGAACUCGCGUGUUACAGAUUCAGCGAAAAUUUUUGUUCUGAGCACUGUUGUCAGCUCUCUCUCAGUGUUCAACUUGAUGCAGGAUCUAAAAGGCAAUGACCUUGAGUUCCUCCAACUCUUCGCCGACUUCGGAAGGCGUGCCGUGAACUCAGCCGAUGAAACCGCAUUCAUGGAUCUCCUUUUCCUGAUACGGGACUGGGCACAUCCGGAGGAUCACCCAUUUGGCAGUCACGGAGGCAAAGCCUUGGUCGAAAGACGCCUGAAUAGUGACGGGAGUAUUACCUCGCUGCGGGAGGAGUUCCGCAGAUGCUUCUCAAGUGUGGACGGCUUCUUGCUGCCAUACCCCGGCAGGGUUGUCGCAGAACGCUCAUCAUUCAAUGGCGAUCCCAAAGACAUGGAGUCAGACUUCGUAGAGAAGCUGGACGAGCUAAUGUCAGAACUGUUCACUCCUGCUACGAUGUCUAGAAAGAUGGUAGCGGGCGGUCCGCUGACAUGCAGGAAGCUGAUGAAAUUUAUGAGGACUUUUGUCAACUGUGUGGAAAGCUACAGAUUCGCUGACAUCGACAGCCUCGUCAAAGCAAUGAACAAAGCCGGAAAGUUGACAGCUCUUCAGGACGAGUUUGACAACUAUGUGCAGAAGAUGGAGGAGGUGUGGGGGGACGAUGUCAUGGUGCUCGACGAAAAGUCUCUGGACAAGGCCCACGAAUCAGCAAAGGCGGCCGUUUUGCACUCAUUCAGGCGGCGGGUCAACGCAAGAGACACUUGUGAACCAGACGGACGCUACUGUACGUCGCUGGAAAACAAAGUAGAAGAGGAGUUCUCCAGAAGGAAAAACGGGACUCGCCAAACACUAAAGGCCUUCCAUGAAUGUAGCGAGAAAACUAAGAAGGUAGUUGACGAGUGCAUCGCUGUGUACCGUAAGCACAUUGAUUUGUGCGAGUACAGCAGAUGGAAUCCGCUUCGGUACACGCCAAACCUCGAGAAAACUAUUCGUGGUGCACACGAAAUAGCCAAGAAGAAAGCGCUCGAUGCAUUUGAGGAAAAGACGGAAAAGACUCCGGAGCUGAUCAAGGAGCCAUUCAAAGAUGCGCUUGAAAGCGCGCUUGAUGGCAUCUUGUCUGAAGCUAUGGGCUGGAACAAAACCCUCAAGCUCAUCUGGGGUGCGCUCGGUGUAGGCUUGCUCGUUGGUGCUGGCACUGUACUGCUCCUCUCACCCUGUGUGAAGAUGCGAGCAGCAGCGGCAGCAGUCGCUGUGACCUUGGGGGUCGGUGUAGGUUCAGCCUGCAUUUAUUACAUGUGGGACCCGAUCUCUGAGUUCAUGGUUGGUGCAGGAAAGACGGCUGUUGGCAUUGUCGACGCGGCUGGAGAGGUUUUGGUUGAUUCGGUGAGGCUGGUAGGCCCAGAAGUGCUGGCUGACGUUAUCAGAAGAAGCAUAAAUCAGCACAGGUCUGAGUCGUGCACCGUGAAGGACAUGGCUAACGCUUUCAUGCCUUGUUAGCAUGUGUGCGUGCUGUGUGUGUUGGGGGGAGGUGAGAGAGAGAGAGAGAGAGAGAGAGAGAGAGAGAGAGAGAGAGAGAGAGAGAGGGGAGAGAGGAGAAGAAAAAUAAGCUAGGGGAAGAGGCGGCGAUGUUUGACUUCUGCUAGUUCCUGAGCCGGUUCUCAGGUAGGCUUACCGACGUGUUCGUUCGUAUUAUAGAGCAUCUUAUCGGGAUGUGUUUUAGUGUGAAAUACAUACCUAUAGGAUUAGGUCCGCUACUCAUGUAGCGCUGCGUAGAUAUAGUGACGCGCUUUGGGGAGCCUGUGUAUAUGUGGACGAUAUGCUCGCUAGUAGUGCACGCACAGUGAUGCGCGAUGUCUGGAAGGACGUAUGUACACUCUGCUUAUACCUAUACUGUUUGCGUACUUAGAGUGGAGGAUCUGUAUCUAUUGUGAUUAAAUGAAGUUCGCUGAUCACUCAUGUAACGUGAGUUGAAGGACAGAUUGCGGAAUAGAAUGCGCCUACAAGAUUUUUCAAAGAAGUUCGCAACAAUAAAUGCAUUGAUGAUCAA